CACAGAAAUUUUUUGCGCAGUAGCUAAUUAGAAAUAGUAUAUAAGCCACAGAUUGAGUUUAGAUAAGCCAAAGUUGUACUUUUCAAAAUUAAAACUACAACGCUGCUAACAUGUCUGAAGAAAUAAUUCAAAUUCCUGAACCAACUUAUGAAAAUGGAAUUUGGAAAGGCGGGAAAGUUGAAAUGCCCGAUGGAUACUACAAAAUUGGAGAAAGGAUACUUAAUCAGUUCAAAAAGUACCCAGAUUUCGUUGGACAGAUCGAUGGAAUUACGGGAAGAAAAGACACUUAUGCAAGUAUGGGCGAUAGAAGUAUAAGGUGCGCAUUGUGGCUCAAAAAACAAGGAGUCUCUCCUGGAGAUGUCGUUGGUGUUUGUUCAAAAAUCCAUUUGGACAGUUGCAUACCUGUGUAUGCUUCUUUUUACAUCGGAGCCAUCUUCAACCCCUGGUGGGACAGUUGUUUAGACGAAGAACUCGUGAAGAAUUUAAUCGAAACGGCCCAGCCGAAAGUUUUAUUCAUCGACGAAAACUUUGCAGACGUAAUAAUUAAAACAAUAACUAAGAUGCGAUGUUCGUUACAAAUUGUAAUUUUUGGAAGAAAAAAUGGUUAUUUAUCUUUCGAGGAUUUACUGAAAACGCAAACUAAUGAAGAUGUAGAGAAAUUUGAAUGUACGAAAGUGGAACCGAAAGACCCAGUCUUUUUAGUUUACACUUCUGGAACGUUAGGUUUUCCGAAAGGGGUCUUGCACUCUUAUCAUUCUAUUGCUCAUAUGCUCAGAUAUUACGCGGAUGAUGGCAUACCGUCGAUAGAUCUCUAUUUUUCUAGACUCUGCUGGAUAUCUGGGACUAGGACGGUAUUAAGGUCGAUAAUAUUUAAAGCUACCAUGAUUGUUAGCGAUAAUUUGGCAGAAGUAGAUGCUUGUAAAAUCAUCGAGAAGUAUAAGGUCACUCGACUAUGGAUGGGAACACCAAUACUAAAUAGAUUCAUUAAAAUAAAAGACAUAGAAAAGUACGAUCUAUCAUCGGUUAAACUGGUAUCUUACGGCGGUGCAGCGGCCAAUGGACAAACUAUAAGAAUGUUACCAAGAUUGUUCAAGAACGCGGAUAUUUCUGCUCGUUACGGUGCUACCGAAGUUGGUACCGCGACAAUUGGGUCAACAAGAUUUGAUAAGUUUGACUCUUGCGGAAAAGUAUUUUUCAACGUAGAAAUCAAAGUUAUCGAUCCAGUUAUUAAUAAAAUUUUGGGUCCAAAUGAAAAAGGGGAACUCUGCAUCCUAAGUCCGAAAUUAAUGAUUAGUUACUGGAAAAAUCCAGCAAAAAUUGAAGAAAUCGUCGAUUCAGAUGGAUGGUACCACAGCGGAGAUUUGGGAUAUCAUGACGAAGCCGGGGUUUUCUUCAUUGAAACCAGAAUUAAAGAUUCUAUAAGAUGCUACUUAUUUAAUGUAAUACCAAGAGCUGUCGAAAACGUGAUAGAAGGGUGUCCAGGAGUGGCAGAAGUAGCCGUCGUUGCUAAGCCAAGCUUUGAACAUUACCAAAUUCCAAUGGCUUUUGUCACAAAAAUUCCUGGAAUGCAUAUUACGGAGAAGGAAAUAAUCGAAUUUGUAGAAAGAAAUCUAUCAAACGAAGUUAGACUUUUAGGCGGUGUUUGUUUUUUAGAUAAAAUGCCAUGUACACCUUCGAAAAAAAUUGCUAAGCAUCGACUUUACGCUUUGGCGAAAACUAUUUGUUCGAAGCAGCAAACUCGAGAAAUACCAAAGCCGGUUUGUGUGGAUAGGAUUUGGAAAGGUUUUAAAAUAAGUUUGCCAGAAGGAUUUUUUAAAAUUGGUGAAAAAAUUUACGCUCAGUUUAAAAAGUUUCCUGAUUUCGUUGCACAGAUUGAUGGCGCAAGUGGGAAAAAGGACACUUAUGAAUGCAUGGGCGACAGAAGUAUCAGAUGCGCAUUGUGGCUGAAAGAACUUGGAGUAGGUCGUGGAGAUGUCGUUGGGUUGUGUUCGAAUAAUCAUAUGGAUAGUUGCAUUCCAAUGAUAGCUUCUUUUUAUUUGGGAGCCAUUUCCAACCCCUGGUGGGACAGUUGUUUAAAUGAAGACCUUGUAAUGUAUUUUGUAAAAACAACUAACCCAAAAGUCCUCUUCUGCGACGAAGACAACGCAGAAACAAUAAUCAAAGCGCUAAAAAAAAUGGAAAGUUCUCUGCCAGUAGUCUUCUUCAGUGAAAAAUUCAACAUGCCUUUCCAAGACAUUCUAAAAGCUCCAAGCGCUGAAGAAGUAAAUAAAUUUGAAUGCACCAAGAUAGAAGCCGAGGACCCGAUGAUUAUUCUUUACACCUCGGGAACAACGAGCUACCCCAAGGGAGCUUUGCACACUUAUCAAUCAUUCGUUAGUAUGAUAAGUUACCACCGGCCUGACACUACACCGCAAAUUGUUCUCUGGUUUUCCGGGCUUUGCUGGAUGUCAGGGCUGCUAGCAGUCUUUCGGUCAAUUAUGGCCAAAGCCACCAUGAUUGUUUAUCAUAAUUUGAGCGAAGAAGACGCCUGCAGACUAGUUGAAAAAUAUAAGGUUACGAGGAUGUCCAUGGGAGCGAGCACAGCUAAUAGGUUUAGCAAAACUAAAGAAGCUUGGAAGUAUGAUGUAUCUUCCCUGAAGAUUGUGAGUUAUGGAGGAGGAAUUGCUAUCAAAGAGGUCAUUGAAGCUUUGAAAAGUUUAUUUAAGAAUGCAGACAUUUAUGUUGCAUAUGGAAGCACGGAAUGCGGAGCUGCAACAGGUGGAAAAGUCGACGCUCCAAAAUUAACUUCCUGCGGAAAAGUAUUCUUCAACACAGAAGUGAAAGUGGUUGAUCCUGAAACGAAUAGAAUCAUGGGACCAAAUGAACAAGGCGAGUUGUGUUGCAGAACUCUGAUGCUAAUGACUCGCUAUUGGAACAACCCAACAGCUACUGAAGAAGUUAUUGACUCUGAAGGAUGGUACCACACUGGAGAUUUAGGAUACUACGACGAAGACGGCGAUUUUUUCAUUGUUGAAAGAAUAAAAGAGCUGAUAAAAUAUCGCCUUCAUCAUGUGCCCCCAGCAGCUAUUGAAAAUGUGAUACAAGAGCUUCCAGGGAUCGCUGAAGUAGCUGUUGUUGCAAAGCCAAGUUUUGAAGAUCUAGAACUUCCAAUGGCUUUUGUAACCAGAGUUCCUGGGAUGCAGGUUACCGAGACUGAAAUUCAUGAGGCUGUAGAGAAAAAUUUACAGGAUAGAAUGAAACUCCGCGGUGGUAUUUGUUUCUUGGACAAGAUGCCUUAUACGAUUUCAAAGAAAAUUUCUAAAAGAGAACUUCGAGCGAUGGCAAAAAAUAUGGCGAAGAAAGCAUGAAUUUUUUGUAGUAUUAUUGUACUUUAAGUACUAUUUUUUGAUAAAUAUAAUUGGAUAAAAAUUA